AUGGGUAUUGGAAUCGAGAAAAAUUCAAUAUCGAUGGGUCAACGUAUUGCCAAGCAUCACAUGCAAUCCGGCGUUAAACUCUAUUACCAACGACGUCAUCAACAAGCUAUUGCUCGCUGGCGAGCUGCUCUUCGACGACUUACAAAUGCAGAAGAUCGUUUUAUAACGCUUGGAUAUAUGGCGCAAGCGUACUGCGAUGCAGGCGAUUACAAGGAAAUGUUACAAUACACUUUGCAACAAACCGAACUGGCAAAUGCGCAGCACGAUGAGUUCAUGAAAAGUGAAGCAUUUCUGAACUUGGCUAAAGCAUAUGAACGAUUGGCCGACUUUGGCAAAGCAAUUGGCUAUGGUCGUGCUAGCCUGCAACAUCCAAGCAUGGAUCCGGGAACUCCUGGUCAUGCACACCUUGUUGUGGCUUUGUCCCGGCUUGGAUUCAGUCAAUUUCAAGCAAGCCUGGAAGCAUUUGAGAAAGCAAUGCGUGUGGCGAAUCAGUAUUCCGAUAAAUUAUUGGAAUUGCAAGUAUCUGUUGGACUUGGAGUACUCUUCACUUUGCUCAGGGAUUUGUCAAAAGCGAUUUUAUUCUUGCAAAAUGCAUUAGCAAUAUUGGAAGGUGUAACGAUCAAUGAUGUGCAUGCGAAAUAUCGUAGCGUUGUACUUUAUCAUUUAUCAGUUGUCUUAAGAAGAAGUGGUUCAUUGAUAAAUGCUAGAGCAGAAGCAUUGAAAUUGGCCCAAGAAACUGACAAUCGAUCCGUGUAUGCUCGUUGUUUAUGCUCUAUAGCCAAUAUAUGCCGAGAUUUGGGUGAAUCUAAAGCCAAGGAAACUCUCACUAAAAGUUGGUCACGUUACGAAGAAGCAUAUCGAAUAAUGCGUCAAACAAAUGACCGUAUGGGUGAAGUAUUAGUUCUCGGUAGUAUGGCUAAGUCAGCUGCAGAAUGUCGUACUUUUUAUACCGGUAAAUGUGAAUGUCAGGCCAUUCAACUCAAUAAAAAAUGCUUAGAAGUAGCUAAAGCGAUUGGAUGUAAACAUGCAAUGAUGAAAUGUCAUCUAAGAUUGCAAGAUCUUUACAAUCAGCUAAAUGAUGAAGACAGUGAAGAGUUAGCCAGAAGGGCGGUAACAUCGUUAACACAAGAAAUGGAGCUAUUUUGUAAUUUUUGUGGACAACGCUAUGGAUUACGUGAUGAUUCAUUGCAGGCACUUCGAUGCUCACAUAUUUUUCAUGAAAGAUGUUUACAAAUAUAUUUAGCGGAAUGCCUGAAUCCAAAUUGUCCGAAAUGUCAAUGCAAAGCGGUGCUAAUGGAAAGUGUAUCAGUAAGUACACCAUCCGUUUCAUCCAUCAUCAUUAGCUCACAAUUACCAACUACGUUUUCCGAAGACAUACCAAUGGAAUUCGACAAUCGGACAACAGAACCGUUUGACACUAUCAGAUUAUCUGUGAUCGAAGAACAAACUUCAGGUCAACGACAUCCAUUUGUUUCAUUAUCACGUUCAACAUCUCGAGAAUUAAAAACUACUCAGAUCGAUUCCGAAUCAUCGCAAACUUACACCACUGCAGUACCUCAAACUGUCAGAUCUCUCUCAAUGAACACACAGUUCAAUCCUAAAUUACUGCCGCUGCCAUCAAAGCUAUCCGUUCGUAAAAUCGAUGAUACAUCGCUAGUUUCUUCAACGUUAAACUAUUCGGAGGAAGAAUUGAGGGAAGGUGGACCAUUAGUACUGUCACGGAAUCUUACUAUCACUGAUGUAUAG